GAGCCAUCAAUGCAGCCUGUUGAGAACUCCGCGAUUCUCGAUACGACCGAAGCGAGACAAAAGCAGUAUCCACCCGCUCGCCGAACCUGCACCGUCCCCUCAACCUCUUCACCUCCGAUUUCUCUUCCAGCUGACUCCAUGGCCGGCGCCCUUCAGCUCCGUCUCAGCUCCUCCUUCCUCCCAUCCUUGUCGAAUCACCCCAGACUCCGCCGAGGAAUCUUUGCUACCACCGUCCCUGUUCACCGGUGCCCGGCGGAAGCAAAGAUCCGCGAGAUUUUCAUGCCGGCGCUUAGCUCCACAAUGACUGAGGGAAAAAUCGUUUCAUGGGUAAAGUCUGAGGGUGAUAAGCUUUCCAAGGGCGAGAGUGUAGUCGAGUCCGACAAGGCCGACAUGGACGUUGAGACCUUCUACGAUGGCUACCUUGCCGCAAUAAUGGUUGACGAGGGAGGUAUCGCUACCGUUGGUUCUGCCAUCGCCCUUCUUGCUGAAACAGUGGAGGAGAUUCCCCUAGCCAAAUCCAAGGCAUCUUCCUCCACAUCGGCUCUUCCGGAAGAAGAUUCUUCACCGCCUGUUUCUCCUCUGGAAUCUGCUAUCGCUACUGCAGCUUCUCCUCCUCCAGAAAAAUCGAGUCUCUCCUUAGCUUCAAACGAGCAUCCGGCUUCGGAUGCCGGGCGGCGCAUCGUGGCCACGCCUUAUGCUAAGAAGCUCGCGAAGGAUCUCAAAGUGGAACUCCGAUCCGUUGUUGGGACCGGUCCUUUGGGGCGGAUUGUUGCCAAGGAUGUCGAGGCAGCGGUUGACGGAGCAGCCUCCGUAGCAACCGCUGCGCCGAGCGCCCCUGCUAUCGAAGCCGUGGCUGAUUCCGUCCUGAAGGCACCCGUUGAACUGGGAAGUGUUGUGCCCUUUACGACGAUGCAGGGAGCUGUCAGGAACAUGGUGGAGAGCCUUUCUGUGCCCACAUUCCGUGUUGGUUACACUAUUACUACCGAUGCACUCGAUGAGCUUUACAAGAAAAUUAAGUCGAAAGGGGUUACGAUGACCGCAUUGUUGGCUAAGGCAACUGCAAUGGCCCUAUCGAAACACCCUGUGAUUAAUUGUAGCUGUAGAGAUGGAAAGAGCUUCACAUAUAACAGCAGCAUUAACAUUGCUGUGGCUGUUGCCAUUGAUGGAGGCCUUAUCACUCCUGUCCUGCAAGAAGCAGACAAGGUGGACAUUUACUCAUUGUCAAGGAAAUGGAAAGAGUUGGUAGAUAAGGCUCGGGCCAAGCAGCUCCAACCUCAAGAGUAUAAUUCAGGCACAUUUACCCUUUCAAAUCUUGGAAUGUUUGGCGUUGAUCGCUUUGAUGCAAUCCUGCCUCCAGGAACUGGGGCAAUCAUGGCCGUUGGUGCUUCACAGCCUACAGUAGUAGCUACGAAGGAUGGUAGGAUUGGUGUAAAAAAUCAGAUGCAGGUGAAUGCUACAGCAGAUCAUCGUGUUAUAUAUGGUGCUGACCUUGCUGCCUUCAUGCAAACCCUAGCUAAAAUUAUUGAGGAUCCGAAGGAUCUCACCUUUUAAAGAUAUGGCUUUGCUGCAGCUUCCUUUUGUAGUUUAGAUCAACAUUACAAUCAUGAAUUCAAUUAUAAUAUGAGCUAAGCUGCUUCGAUUUUGUGUCUAUUCUUCUACUUAUUUUUUAUUUUUCAAACAUGAGGAAAAAUCUUAUUGUUUUGAUUAUUUUUCUGCCAAAAUUUUGA